AGACCGGAGAGCAGGCGUGGGCGCCAGAAGAGAAAAUUCUUGUGCUCGUGCAGCCAGCCCACAGAAGCUCGGUGCGUCUGGCCCGCGGCACCCUCGGUCCAUCUCGCGCAGUCCGAGUCCUGUGGGAGUCCCAGAGCCCAGGUUGGGGACCUUAGUUCCCUGUGCGCAGCGGAGAUCGCCGCGGCGCUUAGGAGAUGCUCCAGAGCGUAGCGCGUCAGAACGCGCCAUCGAACCCAGCGCGGGCAGAGCUAGCGCCUGAGUUCAUAGCUCAACUCCGGAGGAUUGGAGACAAACUGUCUUCUGAGUGGUGUGAACCCGACAUCAUUGCGGUGCUGGCGGAGAUGCCUGGCAAGAAGGCUCGAAAGAGCGUGACGAGGAUUCCGAGCCCAACGCGGGUCCCAACAGAUGUGGAAGACGAGUGUGUUCAUCAACUCCGGAGGAUUGGAGACAAACAGAAUUUGCGGCAGAAACUUCUGAAUUUUAUUUCCAAGCUCUUUAGUUUAGUAACCUGAGUUCUUCAAAAGCUUCUUCAAGAAGGGACUCCUAGAAAGGAAGUUCCCCCGGUUGGUGCAAAUGUCUCUUAUAGGAUGGACUGCCGUGUGAUGGAGAGAGAUGAGGAGAAACGCUCUCUUUCUUUUGGUUCCCUGAGCAUGGGUGAAGAAUGAGAUGGAAACGGAUUUCUUCAGGAAAGUUUUCAGAAAUCGCUCUUUGAGAUGUGAUAACGUGAAACCACAUGUAUUUUAAAACAAGGCUAGAGGAGUCAUGGAAAUAGGGAAGUGACUAGUAAUACAUCUGUCUUUUGAGAGUUGGUGGUGUUUCUGUGAAAGGUUGCUGCCAGAAGUCAUGCAAAGGGGCAUGGCAAAUGAUGACAUGGAAGGGGGAAUGAUUUUCUCCCUUUUGACAGCAACUCCAGAAUAAUGUGUACUAUUUAGUUUGAUCCAUAAUCUUGUAAGAGAAAACAUUUCAUUUUUGUUAACAUAGAGUGUUAUAGUUAAUAUUGACUUCAUAGGUCACGACAAACAUAUUGUGUCUGUUUAGGUGACUUUUUUUUGAAGUUGUCUUUUGAGACUAGAGUUCCUCUGUAUAACAAUCCUGACUGUCCUGGAACUCUUGUAGAUCAGCCUAGCCUCUUAACUCACAGAGAUCCCCAUGCUUCUGUCUCCUUAGUGCUGGGAUUAAAGGCAUGCACUACUAAGCCUGGCUGUUUAGAUGACUUUUCAGUGUGUUUCUGUAAGCAUUAACUAGAUAGUAUGGAAAACUACCAAGUAACUGAAAAAAAUCAGAAGUAUAGCAAGGUUACUUGGUGACAGUAAAAUUUUUGCAGCUUGAAUAUUAUGUGAUAAAGAGAGUUGGGAUCUUAUGUAACUGGAGACAAAAAACAAGAAAAAUUUAAAAGUUGAUAUAAUUAGAACUUAGUAAAAGACUCAAAAGAAGUUCCUAGGAUUUUAUAGCCUGCCACAAGUAUUUCCUAGAGUUUUGUGUUUGUUUUGUUUUUGUUUUUUUGAGACAGUGUUUCUCUGUAGCCCUAGCUGUCCUGGAAACUUACUCUGUAGACCAAGCUAGCCUUAAACUUGGAGCUACACCCCCACCCCAGCUUUAAAAGUUUCAAUUUUAAUCUGGGCUAUAAAUGUGAAACUCAAUAUUCAAUAGCAAAUCAAUCCUGGUUAACAAAGGCAACAGAUUUGACUAGACAUCCCCUAAAAGGCACAUAGAUGGUCAACAGAUACAUGACUCAGAAAUGUAAAUGAGAAUGACCAUGAGAUGAUCUUAUACUUGCUGGACUGACUGUUACCAAAAGUGAAAGGUAACAAGCAUGGUAAGGACUCAAGAAGAGAAGGAAUUUCUGCAUAUCUUAGUAUUGUAAAGUAGGACACCUAUUUUGUAAAACAGCAUUGAGGUUCCUUUAAAACUAAGGAAUGAACCACCCUAAACAGCUGUCUGACCACAAAGUGUAUGUGUAAAGGUGUUGAGUUCUGCUGAAGAGGUGUCUUCAUUUUUUAUUAUUUGUAUUAGCUAAGAUUAGGAGACUAUCAAAGGCUGAAAGGGGUUUAAAAGUGGAAAUAUAAACAAAAUUGAGCCUUAGAAAGCAGGAAAUGUUACUUGUCAAACUUAGAUGGUAGAUAACCCGGGUCCUCUGAAGGCAAUACUCUGCUCUUUUUUUUUUUUUUUUUUUUUGACAAAAAACCCAAGUCAGCAAAUAGGAAUGAUGGCUGUGGGGUGGGGAAUGAGGGCAAAACUAGGAGUUCCGAUGUUCUUGUCUCCAGCAAGUCAGGGAGGUUGCCUGCUCUGACCACAAGGAAGUGAUGUCAACCAGAAGUGAUGCUGUGAUAUGCUAAUAACUCUGCUGUUUCCCCACAGUGUCCAUGUAUUGGAACUCAACCCUGUAAAUAUACUUAAUUCAUCUGUUAACUAAAUCUAAAAAAUUUCCAAAAAGGGAAACAAUCUCAUUAUUGAGUUUUACCAGGAAUGCUAUUUAUUUUACUUAUUUAUGAUUGAAAUAUUUGUUUCGCUUGAACAUGUGUAUCAGUUUCAUUUUUGUUAUGAGACUGUGAAGGGUGUCAUAUAGCAAGUCACUUUGGAAGAACUUACCUCAGUAGUUAGUGGGCCUUGGCAUUAAGGUUGUUUACUUUGAAGGUGUCCCCUCCCUCCUUGGCCCAAAGGUAGACAUUUUACCAGAUGGGUAUUUAUAGUCUGACUGUAUUUAUAUGUAUGUUUCUGAAGACUGAUACUGAAGUCUGAACUAUUAAAUAAAGUUGGAUACUGUAGCAGCUAUUGAAAAAUAA